UACACUAGCGAGCACGGUCGCUAUCGUCGGAGACGGCGAGGCCACAGACCAAACACUACACACUCCUUACGUCGCCACACGAUGAGCUGCCAGGAGGGCGCCUUGCCGGCGGCGGCGCAGCCGCACGUCCUCCUCGUGUCGUGCCCGCUACAGGGCCACGUGAACCCGCUGCUCCGCCUCGGCAGACGCCUCGCCGCCAGGGGCAUCCUCGUCACCUUCACCACCCUCCGCCAUGCCGGCCUCCGUGCAGCCCACCGCGACGGCGUCGGAUUCGAGUUGUACCAGCUGCGCGACCACGACGACCAGGACCAGAUGACCCCCGACGACAUGCUGCGGCACGUCGUGGCCGAAGGCCCCGCGGCGCUGGCCGAACUGGUCCGGCGCCAGGCCGACGCCGGCCGGCCGGUCUCCUGCGUCGUCAACACCACCUUCGUGCCCUGGGCGCUCGACGUGGCCCGGGAGCUGGGCCUCCCCUGUGCCACGCUGUGGAACCAGUCCUGCGCCGUGCUCUCCCUCUACCACCACUUCUACAACGACGGCGUGCCGUUCCCGAGCGCGGCCGACGACGCGCCGGUGGUGCUGCCCGGGCUGCCGGCCAUGUCCUUGGACGAGCUGCCGCUCAUGGUCCGACCCGAAUUCGCGUGCAACCUCUGGGGACAGAUGCUCCGGAGGCAGCUCGUGGAGGUCCGCGCGAGGCAGGCGCCGUCGUGGGUGCUCGUCAACACCUUCCACGAGCUCGAGCGCGACGUCAUCGAGGCGCUACGGGCUGGCGGCGUCGCCGUCACGCCCGUCGGCCCGCUCCUGAACGGUGAUGAACCGGCCGUGGCCGACGACGACGGCUGUGUCAUGGCGUGGCUCGACUCGCAGCCGCCGCGCUCCGUGGUGUACGUGGCGUUCGGCAGCCUCGUGGACAUCGGGCGGGACGAGACGGCGGCCCUCGCGGAGGGGCUGGACGGCACGGGCAGGCCGUUCCUGUGGGUGGUGCGCGACGACCUCCUCCACCUCCCAGAAUCCGUCCUCGCCGCAUGCCGCGGCAGCACCGGCAAGAUCGUGGCGUGGUGCCCGCAGGGGCGCGUGCUCGGGCACGGCGCCGUCGGGUGCUUCGUGACGCACUGCGGGUGGAACUCCGUCACCGAGGCGCUGGCGGCGGGCGUGCCGGUGGUCGCGUACCCCUGGUGGUCAGACCAGUUCACCAACGCCAAGUUCCUGGUGGAGGAGUACGGGGUCGGCAUCCGGCUGCCGGCGCCGGUGACGCGGGACGCGCUCCGUGCGUGCGUCGACGAGGUGAUGAACGGGCCGGAGGCAGCAGCGAUCCGGAGGAGGGCGACGGCGUGGAAGGAGGAAGCAGCGGCAGCGCUGGCCGACGGUGGGUCCUCGGACCGGAGCCUCGACGCUUUCGUUGACUUCCUGCGAGCGGCCGUAGGAUCUCGUGCAGUUGACACGAUUAGCUCGCCGCCGGCAAAGCAGGGAUCAGUCAGUUCGUUAUAAUUUCAUUUAACAAUAAUCCGUCUUAUCCCUUCGAGAACAUUUUUGUUGAACCAAUGACGAGCUUGAACCAUGCUCCAACACUUCCAUUGUCCGACACCGUUGUAUGGAAGGAUAUAUGCUCUA